UCGAAAAUUUCAUUUCCUCCGCCCACUUGCAUUUGCUCCUCUCUCUCUCUUCAAAAUUCAGAAGAGAAUUCCCAAAAAUCCUCCAUCGCAUUGCGGCAAUUUGCACCGGAGAUUGCGCCUCUGAUCCUUGAGAUUUCGCUUGUAAUGGCAGGGAAUUCGAAGCUUCUGCUGGUGGUGUGUUUAAUCGCGUCGCUGAUAGUCGCCAAUGCGUCGGUCGGAGCUGACAGCGGCUGGAUCAUGCCGGCGCUGAGAUCUGGAUGCAGAGGAACUGUCGCGGAGUGUCUACAGAACGAUGAUGAGGAGUUCGAGAUGGAUUCGGAGUCUCACCGGCGUAUAUUAGCCACGCGGAGGUACAUAAGUUACGGCGCACUCCAGAGGAACAGCGUCCCCUGCUCGCGCCGCGGCGCGUCGUACUACAACUGCCGCCCUGGCGCGCAGGCCAAUCCCUACCGCCGCGGCUGCAGCGCCAUCACUCGCUGCCGGAGCUGAGGUCGAUUCCUCCUACCACUGCGGUUAUUUGUAUUCUUUUUGUUUUAUUAUUAAUUUCAUUAUAUUCUGCAAAUAUUUUAAUUAUUUUUGGGAAGGACGCGUUUGGUAUACGAAGAAUAAUUAAAUCAUUACUGAACACACUGUGCUGUUGCUGUGUUGUGUCGGUUCCUCUUCCUCGCACAUAUGUGUAUCCAUACUGUUUUUUUUUUUUUUAAUCUUCCACACAUCAUUUUGUUUUUGAUUUUGAUUUUGAUUAAUACUGAAAAUACAUGAAUAGAUGAGUUGCUAAUUGCUAUAUAAUUUCAUAGUUUGGUUGA